CGGCCUGGUUAUGUAUCGGGAUUGGGUUGGGUCGGGCUACCCGGGUGGGCUUCGGGUCGGGCCGGGCUUGGGGCCGAUCCAAAUUGGGCUUUUUUCUUGGGGGUUAAGGUCCGGAACUGGCUCGGGAUUCUACCGGGCCCGGGCCGGGUCGGGUACCUUUUUUUUUUGCUUUUCUAAUUAAUUCCUACCCCCCACCCCCGCACCUCAAACCCCUCCAAAACACCUAGCCCAACCCGCCUAUCACCCAGACACUUUGAAAAAAAAUUGGCCCGGGCCGCUACCAAAGAACCCUGUGGCCCGAGCCUGCCCAAAAACCCCCCAGGUCGGGCUGGGCCGGUAUUGGGUAACUGGGCCGGACCGGUUCCGCACAGUGGCGGGCCGGGCCGGUCCCGCACAGUGGUGGGUCGGGCCGGGCAGACUGGAACCGGUCCAUGCCUAGGUGGGGUUGUGCUAAAUUAAUUCUUUUAAACUAAUUCACAAGUGUUACAAAAAAAUUCAAUGUAUAUUUAUUGAAAUAUGAAGUACAAAGGUGGUCAUUACAAAGCAGUGAAAUGGAAGCGGCCCACCGGAGCUUUUAAGCUUAACAGCGAUGCUAAAUUCUUACCUAGAGAUGUAUCUGGAGGGGCAAUCAUGAGGGAUGAAAAUGGGAUUUUGGUGUUUGCACUGGCUUUCCCAAUUGCUGCGUCUUCUCCAUUGGAAGCUGAAAUCGCUGUUGCGUUAUAUGCUACGAAAUGGGCCAUCUCAAAAGGCUUCUCUAGUUUCAUGGUGGAAAUGGAUGCUGCGGCGGCGGUGCAAUACAUUGAAGAUGCAGGAGUGGGUUGAUGGAAGGUUGAUUUUCAGGAAAGUGUACUAGAUGCUCGCAGGAAGGGGAUUCGAUUUUCCCAUGUUAUCAGGGAGUGCAAUUGGGUAGCCCAUUAUCUUGCUAACCAAGCUUCGGCCCAACAUCAUUCUUUUAAGCAUAUCUCUGAUCUGCCAAGAUUAGCCCAACAAGCUUAUUAUGCUGAUUUAUUUGGUUUUGCUUCUUUUAGACAUACUUAUUGAUGUAAUCCAUUGGGUCAGGUAUAGCCCCCUCAAUGGAUCUAUUUAUUUUCAUUGUUGUGUUAUUUUUUUCUGGAUGUUGUCUGUUUUUGAAGAGGAAUGCCCUUCUGGAGAGGUUUUGGUCUGGUCCCCCUCUCUUCUUGUACUUGAUUUCUUAUAUUAAUAAAACUCGGCAAAUGUUCCCCGACAUUUGCUCCACUGAUUUUGGUGGUUUGCCUUCCGGGUUUAAAAAA